AUGAACGAGGGAAACACACAGUUCCUAUACAAGGCCAAGGCCACCAAGAAGGACAAGGCUGCUGCCAAGCGAGAACGACACCACACAAAGCUGUCCAAGCGAGGAGGCAUCAGCAAGGCUGAUUUGAAACGAAAGAAGCCCAUUCAUGAUCGACCGUUCGACUACGGAAACCCUCUGAAAAACGAGGCUGCCAUGCGACCUGUUUCCCAGGGGGUGACUUCGGUGAACAAGGGCACUCCUUUGCCACCUGCUGACAUUGAUGCCAUCAUGGCUGAUGGUGCCACGGCUAAGGAAAUCAAGCGACAACAGAGACAGGAAGCUCGACGUCAGCGAAUUCGAGAGACCGAGACGCUUGCAGCCAACCUCGACGAUCUUCUGGACCCUCUCAAGGCCGAGAACGGAGGCCGAACACGAGAAAAGCUGGAUCAUACCCCUAAUCCCCGGAAUGCUCGAGGUAACGAGGCCAUCAUCAAGGCCGAGACCAAGCGGUUCAACAAGAUCCUCAACUCCAAGGAGUAUCAGGCCAGUCCGUUUGCGUCGCUUCAGGCGUUCCUGAAGACCCAGAUUCCCCAGAACGAGCCUGCUCAGCCCAAGGACAAGAAGAUGCACAUGUAA